UUCGGUGUGCAAAUUCAACAUUACUGACUUGAGAUCUGGUGAUUAGGUCCAAAGUUUUUGAAAUGCGUGGCGCUGGCCACUGGCAUGAAGUGUCUCCCUGCAUCUAAGUUGGCCCAGGCCAACGGGGUUGCUCUUCACGACUGGCACGCCGAGGUCCUCGCCAUUCGUGCCUUCAACCGAUUCAUCCUGGACGAAUGCCACCGCCUGGCUAGGGACGAUGCUGCAGAAUCAGACUUUCUACGCCGGAGGACUCAAGAAGAGCUACCCCCCAUCUCAAACGGACCUUGGCAUCAUCAACCGUUCGCAUGGCGUGAAGACCUCACCCUGCAUAUGUAUUGCUCUGAAGCCCCGUGCGGCGAUGCCUCGAUGGAACUGAUCAUGUCCUCCCAGGACGACGCCACCCCCUGGGAAGAGCCCUCGCCCUUAUGUCCUUCUCCUUCUCCCGCAUCCCCUUCCUCGUCCACCGCCCUCUCACCUUCUUUUUCUUCUUCUUCUUCUUCUUCUCCUCCUCCUCCUCAUCAUCAUCAUCAUCCUCCAUCAUCAUCCGAGCCCACCUUGUUGGGGAGGGGCUUCUUCUCGCGGCUGGGCAUCGUGCGCCGCAAGCCGUCGCGCGCCGACGCGCCCCCUUCGCGCUCCAAGUCGUGCAGCGACAAGCUUGCCCUCCACCAGUGCACCUCGCUGCUCUCCUCGCUCGCCUCCCUCUUCGUCUCCCCGCGCGGCGCCUACCUGGCCAGCCUCGUCCUGCCGGCGUCGCAGCACUCGCCCGCCGCCUGCCGGCGCUGCUUCUCGGCCGAGCCGCCCGACGGCCGGAUGGCGGGGCUCGACAAGGAAGGGCCCGCGUGGCGCGGCACGGGGUACGGGUUCCAUCCCUUUCGGGUGCAGGCCACGGAGAGGGAGUUUGAAUUUUCGAGGAGGGGGAUCAGGGCUAGGAGUACUGAUGGGGCCGCUGGCGGAGGACGAGGCGAGGAGAUCAAAGUUGUGGCGAGCAAUCUUGCUGUCGCGUGGACCGUCGGCGGGGAGGUGGAGGAGGGAUUGAUAGGCGGGGUUAUGCAGGGGAGGAAGGGGUUUGACGUGAAGGGGGCCAGUUUGACGUCGCGGAGGAAGAUGUGGGCGGCGGCGGUAGAGGUUGCCGGCACGCUGGGGGACAAGGUCAUCUCGGAAGCAUUGGCGAUGGGCUCAUAUGACGGGGUCAAGGGUGGGCACCUCCUGGAGGGCAGGAGGAGAGUGAAAGAACAAGUGAGGGGGGAAGUGUUGAAGGGAUGGCUGAGGAACACCGGCGACGAGGAUUUUAGUCUGUGACGCUGCCCAGAAUUCCGGAUGUGCAUGUGCUGGCAUCCUGGCGGCUAACCAGACGAAGAUACGCCAUUUGCCCUUCCGUUUCAACAUGGUCACAUACUCUUCAUCAGCCCCGUGGAAUCUUUGGAUAUCGAUCAUAUGUCCCUCCUUCCUAUCCCCCACCUU